AUGUCUGCUCACGAGUCGAGUCAUCAGUCACAGGAGGGAGACGGAUCCCAAUCAUUGGCUCCGAUACCGGGACUCCUCCUGCACCUCUUCGAGGCUGAUGGCCCGUCAAUCGACACCGCUGUGAAAGACCUGACUGUGGCGAUGGCCGAUAUCCCGGCCGAGGAGCGAGAAUUAGCCUACAUGGCUUUCGUUAACGACUACUUCUCGGAUGAUCCAGAGCCGGUCAAGGAGGCCUACCAUUCGCUCUUCGUGCUAUCCCAGGCUACAACAAGGUCUGGUACCGUCAACAUACGGAGGGAGCUCAUAGUGAGCUAUCACUCCCCUUUCUGCGCGGUCGAGCAUACGCUCAUGAAGGCAGGUCGCACGCUCAAGGCUCGCCUGGACUACGAAUACAUCUCCGCUGUCGAAAUCGCCGCCCAAACCACCCAAGAGAGAGUACCUACUCUCGAUCCUACC